AUGGAGCGAUAUUUUAAAAAAAUAUCGGAUGUUACUAAGCCAAUAAUUCCACCAAGAAAUCAAGCAGAGAAAUUAAAUGUUGAGGUGGAAUCAAGCGAUCAACCUACUAUUCAUGUUUCACCGAUACCAAUUGAGAUGGAGAUUGAUUUAGAUAACCUUCCCAGCGAUCCUGGACUACGACCAAAUAUAAUGAGUUAUUCAUCUGACGUGAGAGAUCAAGUUCGUAGAGAAUAUUUAUUAAAAGGACCAUGUCAGCCGCGACAAUAUAUUUUUCCUCAAAGGAUGGAUGGAAAUCGAAAGCGUAAAUUUAUUGUCACUUGGUUUGACGAAUUCAAGCCUUGGUUGGAAUAUAGUAUCGCAAAAGAUGCUGCAUUUUGUUUAUAUUGCUAUCUUUUCUCGGCUGGCCGCAGCGAAAGGGGCCAUGAUGCUUUUGUAACAGAAGGUUUCAGUGCCUGGCGCAAGAAGGAAAGGUUGCGAGACCAUGUUGGAGACCAUGACAGUGAUCAUAAUAAAUGUAGGUUGACUUGCCAAAAUUUAAUGAAUCAAGCUCAGCACAUUGAGGUAUGUUUUUCUAAACAAUCCGAACAAGCAAAGCUUGAUUAUCGUUGUAGAUUGAAUGCAUCGAUUAUUUGUCUACGCUACCUUAUGAUGCAAGGAUUGGCUUUUAGAGGGAAUGAUGAAACUGAAAACUCACUGAAUCAAGGGAACUUUAUCGAGCUUCUAAAAGUUAUUGCUUCAUGCAAUGAGGAUAUCAAUAAAGUUGUUUUAAGUAAUGCUCCUGAUAAUCUUAAACUUACAGCUCCUCAUAUUCAGAAAGAUGUUAUCAAUGCAGCUGCAAUUGAGAUAACAAAUGUUAUAAUUGAAGACAUUGGGAAUAAGCAAAUGGGAAUCGUUAUUCGGUAUGUCAACAAAAGUGGAUGUAUUAUUGAACGUUUUCUUGGCCUUGUGCAUGUUAAUGACACAAGUGCUGCAUCACUUAAGAAAGGCAUCGAUUCUUUGUUUUCCACAUAUGGCUUGAGCAUAUCUAGUUUGAGAGGUCAAGGUUACGAUGGAGCCAGUAAUAUGCGAGGAGAAUUUAAUGGGCUUAAAAGUUUGAUACUAAAAGAGAACUCACAAGCUUAUUAUAUACAUUGUUUUGCUCACCAGCUUCAACUUACACUUGUUGCUGUUGCUAAAAACCAUGUAAGUGUUAGUUCUUUUUUUAAUACUGUUGCACGUUUGUGUAAUGUUGUUGGUGGUUCUUGUAAGCGUAUGGAUAUGCUUCGAGAGAAGCAAUUGGAGAAGAUUCUUCAAGGAAUUGAAAACGAUGAAAUCAUGACUGGAAGGGGUCUUAAUCAACAAAGGUCAUUGAAAAGACCGUCAGAUACUCGUUGGAGUUCCCAUUAUGGUACACUAAUGAACCUUAUACAUCUUUUUUCUUCUAUCACCGAUGUUCUUGAAUAUAUUGGAGAAAAUGGUAAAGAUGAUCCACAAAAGGCUGAAGCAGUUGAUUUGUUAGAUAUUAUAACUCGUUUCGAAUUUGUGUUUGUGUUGCAUCUUAUGAGAAAAAUAUUGGGAGUCACACAUGAACUGUCACAAUUACAAGAAAUGAGAGAUAAUGGGUGGGAGACUUUGUUAUCUACAGUUUCUACAUUCUGUAGCAUGGAAGAGAUAAAUAUACUGAGUAUGCAAGACGUAUAUGCAACUCGUGGUAGAUCACGACGUAGAAUUGCGACAAUCACUAAUCUUCAUUAUUACCAGGCUGAUUUAUUUUACUCCGUGAUUGACACUCAGUUGUGUGAGUUGAACAAUCGUUUCAAUGAAGUGAAUACAGAUUUGCUUCUAUCGAUGGCAUGUUUAGAUCCAAAAGAAUCGUUUUCUGCAUUUGAUAAAAUUAAGUUGAUACGUCUAGCAAAAUCAUAUCCAAGGGAUUUCUCUCCAAUUUCUCUAAUUGAACUUGAAUGUCAGUUGGAUAACUUCAUUAUUGAUAUGCGCUUGGAUGAAAAGUUUUGUGAAGUGGUGGGAGUUGCAGGUCUCGCUCAAAAGAUGGUCGCGACAAGAAAAGACGACGUUUUUCCAUUGGUCUAUUUGUUAAUAAAAUUAUCUUUAACUUUACCGGUUGCUACUGCUACAGUGGAAAGAGCUUUUUCUGCCAUGAACAUUAUCAAGAGUCCGUUGCGCAAUCGAAUGGGAGACAAAUUAUUAAAUGAUUGUUUGGUAACUUAUAUUGAGAAAGCUAUAUUUGCAGGCAUCACCAAUGAGACGAUUAUGCAACGAUUUCAAAACAUGAAAAAUAGAAGAGGAAUGCUAUGA